AUGCAGCAGCUCAAAGGGAAGCCCAGGAAGGAGACAUGGAAAGACAAGAAGGAGCAGAAGCAAGCCACGCAGGAGGCCCGGCAGCAGAUCACCACGGUGGCACUGCCCACGCUGGCCAUGGUCGUGCUCCUGAUCGUGGUGUUUGUGUACGUGGCCACACGCCCCACCAUCAACAAGUGA